AACAAGCUCGGGUCAAGGUGCAAGAAGCGAGACACGGUCCCCUCUGCAGGCAAAAGACACGAGUAAAGUCAACGUAAAUGCACUUUCUUUGGACUUCUGUCGCGUGCAGAUCGAGUCUCGGGACCAGUGUUCUUUUAAUCCAGGACUACAAAACCUAGCUUGUUUUCUUCAGCAGGAUGGCAGAGCCACAGAGAAACGGAGAGCCGCUGCCCGAAGAUGUGGAUAUGGACGACUGCCUGACUGCAUACACGCACGUCUUCAGUCCAGAUUUACUAAAGGAUCAAGUUGCUUUCAUCACAGGCGGUGGAUCUGGAAUUGGACUCAGGAUUGCUGAAAUCUUCAUGAGGCAUGGCUGUGACACAGUGAUUGCCAGUAGGAACUUGGACAAGCUUAAAGAGGCAGCACAAAAGCUCUCUGCUGCAUCCGGACGCCGCUGUCUCCCCCUUUGUAUCGACGUGAGGCAGCCUGAGAGCAUCUCUGCAGCAGUGGAUGAGACUCUGAAAGAGUUUGGUCGCAUUGACGUCCUUAUUAAUAAUGCUGCAGGAAACUUCCUCUGCCCGGCCUCCGCACUCUCAUUCAACGCUUUCAAGACAGUAAUGGAGAUUGACACGAUGGGUACAUUCAACACCAGCAAGGUGGUUUAUGAGAAGUGGUUCAAGGAUCACGGUGGAAACAUAGUAAACAUCUCUGCAACCCUUGGAUACCGGGGGCAGGGCCUCCAGGUGCACGCUGGCUCUGCUAAGGCUGCAAAUGAUGCUAUGACCAAGCACCUGGCUGUGGAGUGGGGGCCCAGUGGUGUGAGGGUCAAUGCGCUGGCUCCAGGUCCGGUCUCUGGCACAGAGGGAUUCCGCAGACUGGGUGGCCCAAGAGGGGAGGCUGCCGGUCACUUCAACUCCAUUCCUUUGCAGCGAGCAGGUAACAAGACAGAGAUGGCCCACUGCACGCUCUUCCUCGCCAGCCGGGUGUCCUCCUAUGUGACCGGAGCCAUCCUGGUGGCUGACGGCGGGUCUUGGUUGACCUCGGCCAAUGACGUCUCCAUGAUGCUGGGUAUAGCCACCUCUAAAUCUGCUAAACUCUGAACAUGGGCUCUCCUGUUCUCCUCCUGACCCAGGUGUUUGGUCAUCUGAAAAGAAAAGAGACAAGUAAAUAUGGAAAAGAAAGGAGUUCUCCGGGGACCUGGCUGCAGCACAGAUAUGCUACAUGGACAGUGUUUGCACCCUUGUGAUUUCUUUUAUUUGUAUAUAUUUGUCACACUUACAUGUUUUAGAUAAUAAUAGAUUAUUAAUACUAAUAAACAUAGUAUACACCUGUAUCAUGAUAUCAUUUUACACUACAUUCUUUGCAUAUGAAAUGCAUAUUCAAGUGCCUUUCAAUUAUUAAUAAAACUCAAUGAUGGAAAAAGA